GAGCGAGAUGAUUUGCUGCAGAUGACAUCAGCCCUGGGCCAACGGCUGGAAGAGCCGAGGCAGCCACCGCGUGAGGAUGUGCCGGGUGGUCCUUUCCUCCUCCUCUUCCUCCUCCUCCUCCCGGGCUCCUUGCCUAGUCUCCAUAUAAAAGCGGCGCCGCCUCCCCGCCCACUCUCACUCCCCACUCUUCUCCGCCGUGCGCUCUGGAGAGGGCGGAGGGGGAGGCGGCGCGCAGCGCCAGGAGGAGGGGGGACGCAGGGGGCGGAGCAGAGACAGCACCUUCGGCGAUAAUCCUUUCUCCUGCCGCAGAGGAGAGGAGCGGCCGGAGCGGGACGCUUCGCCCAGGCAAAGCGGGCAGUCAGGAUGGCGACCGUGGUGGUGGAAGCCGGGGAGCCUGAGCUGUCCGGCAGCAUCGCCAACCCGGCGGCGUCCACCUCGCCCAGCCUGUCGCAUCGCUUCCUCGACAGCAAGUUCUACUUGCUCGUGGUCGUCGGCGAGAUAGUGACCGAGGAGCACCUGCGACGCGCCAUAGGCAACAUCGAGCUCGGGAAGAGAACAUGGGACACAAACUUGUUCAACUGCAAUCUCCUAGAGAGGGUCAAGUUCUUUGUUUCAAGGAGGCGGGGCAGUUUUAAUCCGGAAAAGCUAAAGGUCUCCUCUUUUGUCUGUGUUUUUGUGCCUGCAGGACAAAAGAUCCUUCAUCAUCGAAGUGACGUGUUAGAAACAGUGGUCCUGAUCAACCCUUCAGAUGAAGCAGUCAGCACUGAGGUGCGCUUAAUGAUCACUGAUGCUGCCAGACACAAGCUGCUCGUGCUGACGGGACAGUGCUUUGAAAACACUGGAGAGCUCAUUCUCCAGUCCGGCUCUUUCUCCUUCCAGAACUUCAUAGAGAUUUUCACCGAUCAAGAGAUUGGAGAAUUACUGAGUACCACCCAUCCUGCCAACAAAGCUAGUUUAACGCUCUUCUGCCCUGAAGAAGGGGACUGGAAGAACUCCAAUCUUGACAGACACAAUCUCCAAGACUUCAUCAAUAUUAAACUCAACUCAGCUUCUAUAUUGCCAGAAAUGGAAGGACUUUCCGAGUUUACUGAGUAUCUCUCAGAAUCCGUGGAAGUCCCAUCUCCCUUUGAUAUCCUGGAACCUCCCACAUCGGGUGGAUUUCUAAAGCUCUCCAAGCCCUGUUGCUACAUUUUUCCAGGAGGGAGGGGCGAUUCUGCAUUGUUUGCAGUGAACGGAUUCAAUAUGCUCAUCAACGGAGGAUCAGAAAGAAAAUCCUGCUUCUGGAAGCUCAUCCGACACUUGGACCGAGUGGACUCCAUCCUGCUCACCCACAUUGGGGAUGACAAUUUGCCUGGAAUCAAUAGCAUGCUACAGCGGAAAAUUGCAGAGCUUGAGGAAGAGCAGUCUCAGGGCUCCACCACCAAUAGUGACUGGAUGAAAAACCUCAUCUCCCCUGAUUUAGGAGUUGUAUUUCUCAAUGUCCCCGAAAAUCUGAAAAACCCAGAGCCAAACGUCAAGAUGAAGAGAAGCAUUGAAGAAGCUUGCUUCACUCUCCAGUACCUAAACAAAUUGUCCAUGAAACCAGAACCUCUAUUCAGAAGUGUAGGCAAUACCAUUGAUCCUGUCAUUCUUUUCCAAAAAAUGGGAGUUGGUAAACUUGAGAUGUAUGUGCUUAACCCAGUCAAGAGCAGCAAGGAAAUGCAGUAUUUUAUGCAGCAGUGGACUGGCACCAACAAAGACAAGGCUGAAUUAAUCCUGCCUAAUGGUCAAGAAAUAGAUAUCCCAAUUUCCUACUUAACUUCAGUCUCAUCUUUGAUCGUGUGGCAUCCAGCAAACCCUGCAGAGAAAAUCAUCCGGGUCCUAUUUCCUGGAAACAGCACCCAAUACAAUAUCCUGGAAGGACUGGAAAAGCUCAAACAUUUAGAUUUCCUGAAACAGCCGCUGGCCACCCAGAAGGAUCUAACUGGCCAGGUGGCCACUCCUGCUGUGAAACAAGUAAAACUGAAACAGAGGGCUGAUAGCCGAGAAAGUCUGAAGCCAGCCACAAAACCACUGGCCAGCAAAUCUGUGCGAAAAGAGUCUAAAGAGGAAACCUCUGAGGUCACAAAAGCGAAUCAUGUGGAAAAGCCACCCAAAGUUGAAAGCAAAGAAAAGGUAACAGUGAAAAAAGACAAGCCAGCAAAAACAGAGACCAAACCAGUGACCGAAAAGGAGGUGCCCAGCAAAGAAGAGCAGCCUCCAGUGAAAGCCGAAGUGGCUGAAAAGCAAGCCACAGAUGUCAAACCCAAAGUCACCAAGGAGAAGACAGUGAAAAAGGAAACAAAGGCGAAAUCUGAAGAAAAGAAAGAGGAGAAGGAAAAGCCAAAGAAAGAUGUGGCUAAAAAGGAGGACAAGACACCUAUUAAGAAGGAGGAAAAACCAAAAAAGGAAGAGGUGAAAAAGGAAGUAAAAAAAGAAAUCAAGAAAGAGGAGAAAAAAGAAUCCAAGAAAGAGGUUAAGAAAGAAACACCACUGAAGGAAGCCAAAAAGGAAGUUAAGAAGGAAGAAAAGAAGGAAAUUAAAAAGGAAGAAAAGGAGCCCAAAAAAGAAAUUAAGAAACUUCCUAAAGACUCAAAGAAAUCAUCUACUCCUCUAUCUGAAGCAAAAAAACCAGCUGCGUUAAAACCAAAAGUACCCAAGAAGGAAGAAUCUGUCAAGAAAGAAUCCACUGCUGCUGGGAAGCCAAAGGAGAAGGGGAAAAUUAAAGUUGUUAAGAAGGAAGGCAAGACAACAGAUGCUGCAGCUGCAGCCAUCGGCACUGUGGCCACUGCAGCAGCCAUGGCAGCGGCGGCGGCUGGAAUAGCAACCACUGGCCCUGCCAAAGAACUGGAAACUGAGAGGUCCCUGAUGUCAUCCCCUGAGGAUCUAACCAAGGACUUUGAAGAGCUAAAGGCUGAAGAGGUUGAUGUAGCGAAAGACGUCAAGCCUCAGCUGGAGCUGAUCGAAGAUAAAGAGAAACUGAAGGAAACUAAGCCAGUCGAAGCCUACGUCAUCCAGAAAGAGACAGAAGUCAUCAAAGGUCCUGCCGCCGAGUCCCCUGAUGAGGGAAUCACCACCACCGAAGGGGAGGGUGAAUGUGAGCAAACACCCGAGGAGCUGGAGCCAGUCGAGAAGCAGGGGGUGGACGAUAUUGAAAAAUUUGAAGAUGAAGGAGCGGGUUUUGAAGAAUCCUCAGAGACUGGAGACUAUGAGGAAAAGGCAGAAACUGAGGAGGCUGAGGAGCCAGAAGAAGACGGUGAAGAAAACGUGUGUGUGAGCACCUCCAGGCACAGCCUCGGGGAGGAGGAAGAAAGUGCGAAGGCUGAGGCAGAUGUGCACAACAAGGAGAAGCGGGAGUCUGUGGCCAGUGGUGAUGACCGAGCAGAAGAAGACAUGGACGAGGCAGUAGAGAAAGGAGAAGCUGAACAAUCUGAGGAGGAGGGUGAUGAGGAGGACAAAGCGGAGGAUGCCAGAGAGGAAGAAUAUGAGCCUGAAAAAGCUGAAGCUGAAGAUUAUGUGAUGGCCGUGGUUGACAAGGCUGCGGGGGCUGGUGGUGCUGAGGAUCAGUACGGAUUCCUUACCACUUCAACCAAGCAACUGGGAGCCCAGUCUCCUGCUCGGGAACCUGCAUCUUCCAUUCAUGAUGAGACAUUACCUGGAGGUUCAGAGAGUGAGGCCACUGCUUCUGAUGAGGAGAACCGAGAAGACCAGCCUGAAGAAUUCACUGCCACUUCCGGCUACACUCAGUCUACCAUUGAGAUAUCCAGUGAGCCCACCCCAAUGGAUGAGAUGUCUACUCCUCGCGAUGUGAUGAGUGAUGAGACCAACAAUGAAGAGACAGAGUCCCCAUCUCAAGAAUUUGUAAACGUCACCAAAUAUGAGUCUUCACUAUAUUCUCAGGAAUAUUCCAAACCUGCUGUUACAUCGCUCAAUGGAUUAUCUGAGGGAUCAAAAACAGAUGCCACUGAUGGGAAGGAUUACAAUGCCUCAGCCUCCACCAUUUCACCACCCUCAUCCAUGGAGGAAGACAAAUUUAGCAAAUCUGUUCUACGUGAUGCUUACCACUCUGAAGAAAAAGACAUGAAAGCCAGUGCCAUAUUGGAUAUUAAAGGCACUGUCUCAGCAGUUUCUGAUGAAAAACUUAGUCCAUCCAAGAGCCCAUCCCUGAGUCCGUCUCCGCCCAUAGAAAAGACCCCUCUGGGUGAACGUAGUGUGAACUUUUCUCUGACACCCAAUGAGAUUAAAGUCUCAGCAAAGGCAGAAGCAGUCCCAGUGUCUCCUGAGGUAACCCAAGAAGUAGUGGAAGAACAUUGUGCUAGUCCUGAGGAUAAGACCCUGGAAGUGGUGUCUCCCUCUCAGUCUGUGACUGGCAGUGCUGGCCACACACCUUACUACCAAUCUCCCACCGAUGAGAAAUCCAGUCACCUCCCCACAGAAGUCGUCGAAAAGCCACCAGCAGUUCCAGUGAGUUUUGAAUUCAGUGAUGCCAAAGAUGAGAAUGAAAGGGCUUCCAUAAGCCCCAUGGAUGAACCUGUGCCUGACUCGGAGUCUCCUAUUGAAAAAGUUUUGUCUCCUUUACGGAGCCCUCCGCUAAUUGGAUCUGAGUCUGCCUAUGAAAGUUUUCUAAGUGCUGAUGACAAGGCUCCUGGUAGACGUACCGAAAGCCCCUUUGAAGGAAAGAAUGGAAAACGAGGCUUUCCAGACCAAAUAAGUCCAGUUUCUGGCAUGGUUUCCACUGGUCUUUCCCAAGACAAACAGGAAGGGAAAAGCACAGAUUUUAUACCAAUAAAGGAAGACUUUGGUCAACAAAAGAAAACUGAUGAUAUUGAAGCCAUGAGUUCUCAAUCAGGACUGGCUUUAGAUGAAAGGAAGUUAGGAGGAGAUGUCUCUCCUACACAAAUAGAUGUCAGUCAGUUUGGAUCUUUUAAAGAAGACACCAAAAUGUCCAUUUCUGAAGGCACUGUCUCAGAUAAGUCAGCUACCCCUGUUGAUGAGGGUGUAGCGGAAGAUACAUACUCUCACAUGGAGGGUGUGGCCUCAGUCUCCACAGCUUCUGUGGCUACGAGCUCAUUUCCAGAGCCAACAACAGAUGACGUGUCUCCCUCUCUGCAUGCUGAGGUUGGCUCCCCACAUUCCACAGAAGUAGAUGACUCCCUUUCUGUGUCUGUUGUGCAAACGCCUACCACCUUCCAGGAAACAGAAAUGUCUCCAUCUAAAGAAGAAUGCCCAAGACCAAUGUCAAUUUCUCCACCAGAUUUCUCCCCUAAAACAGCCAAAUCCAGAACACCAGUUCAAGAUCACAGAUCUGAACAAUCCUCGAUGUCCAUUGAGUUUGGUCAAGAAUCCCCUGAGCACUCCCUUGCUAUGGACUUCAGUCGACAGUCUCCAGAUCACCCUACAGUGGGUGCAAGUAUGCUUCACAUCACUGAAAAUGGGCCAACUGAGGUGGACUACAGUCCUUCUGACAUGCAGGACUCUAGUUUAUCACAUAAGAUACCACCAAUGGAGGAGCCAUCCUAUACUCAAGAUAAUGAUCUUUCUGAGCUCAUCUCAGUAUCUCAGGUUGAGGUCUCCCCAUCCACCUCUUCUGCACAUACCCCUUCUCAGAUAGCUUCUCCUCUCCAAGAAGAUACUCUAUCUGAUAUCGCCCCUCCCAGAAAUAUAUCUUUAUAUGCCUCACUCACCUCUGAAAAAGUGCAAAGUCUGGAAGAAGAGAAGCUAUCACCAAAAUCUGAUAUCUCUCCACUCACCCCAAGAGAGUCCUCUCCUUUAUAUUCACCUAGUUUUUCAGAUUCUACCUCUGCAGUCAAAGAGAACAUAGCAGCUUGCCACACUUCCUCUCUUCCACCAAUGGAAGCAGCAUCUGCAGAGCCCUAUGGCUUCCGUGCCUCAAUGCUAUUUGAUACGAUGCAACACCAUCUAGCCUUGAAUAGAGAUUUGACCACAUCUGGUGUGGAGAAGGACAAUGGAGGGAAGACACCUGGUGACUUCAGCUAUGCCUAUCAAAAGCCUGAGAAAACAACUAGGUCCCCAAAUGAAGAAGGUUAUGACUAUGAGUCUUAUGCAAAAACCACCCGGACCCCAGAUGUGAGUAGCUAUUACUAUGAGAAGACAGAGAGAACUACUAAAUCCCCAUGUGACAGUGGCUACUCCUAUGAGACCACUGAGAAAACCACCAAGACACCUGAAGAUGGUGGCUAUGCCUAUGAAGUUACUGAAAAGACCACACGGAACCCCGAAGAGGGUGGGUACUCAUAUGAGAUAAGUGAGAAGACGAUAAGAACCCCUGAAAUGAGUGGUUACACCUAUGAAAAGACUGAGAGGUCUAGAAGGCUGCUGGAUGACAUCAGCAAUGGCUAUGAUGACUCUGAAGAUGGUGGCCACACACUUGGGGAUUCCAGCUACUCUUAUGAGACCACUGAGAAAAUUGCCAGUUUCCCUGAGUCUGAAAGUUAUUCCUAUCAGACUUCUACAAAAACUACGCGAUCCCCUGAUACUUCCACAUACUGUUAUGAGACAGCAGAGAAAGUUACUAAAACCCCCCAGGGGUCUACAUAUUCCUAUGAGACUUCAGACCAAUGCUACACUGCAGAAAAGAAGUCCCCCUCAGAGGCUCGCCAGGAUGUUGACUUAUGCCUUGUAUCCUCCUGUGAAUACAAGCAUCCCAAGACAGAGCUGUCACCUUCCUUCAUUAAUCCCAAUCCUCUCGAAUGGUUUGCCAGUGAAGAGCCAACUGAAGAAUCCGAGAAGCCCCUCACUCAGUCAGGGGGAGCCCCACCACCUCCAGGAGGAAAGCCACAAGGACGACAAUGUGAUGAAACCCCUCCCACCUCGGUCAGUGAGUCAGCCCCAUCCCAGACCGACUCUGAUGUCCCCCCAGAGACUGAAGAGUGCCCCUCCAUCACAGCUGAUGCUAAUAUCGACUCUGAAGAUGAAUCAGAAACCAUCCCCACAGACAAAACCAUUACCUACAAACACAUGGACCCACCUCCAGCCCCCAUGCAGGACCGCAGCCCUUCUCCACGCCACCCUGAUGUGUCUAUGAUGGACCCCGAGGCCUUGGCCAUUGAGCAGAACCUGGGAAAAGCUCUGAAAAAAGACCUGAAAGAGAAGACCAAAACCAAAAAGCCAGGUACAAAGGCCAAGUCAUCGUCACCUGUCAAAAAGAGUGAUGGGAAGUCCAAGCCCUCUGCGGCUUCGCCCAAACCAGGGGGCUUGAAAGAAUCCUCAGAUAAGGUGUCCAGAGUGGCUUCUCCUAAGAAGAAGGAAUCUGUAGAAAAAGCAACAAAACCCACCACCACUCCUGAGGUCAAAGCUACACGUGGGGAAGAGAAAGACAAGGAGACCAAGAAUGCCGCCAAUGCCUCUACAUCCAAAUCGGUCAAGACUGCAACUGCAGGACCAGGAACCACCAAGACGGCCAAGCCCUCAGCUGUGCCUCCAGGCCCCCCUGUGUAUUUGGACCUGUGCUAUAUUCCCAACCACAGCAAUAGUAAGAAUGUUGAUGUUGAAUUUUUCAAGAGAGUGAGGUCGUCCUACUACGUGGUGAGUGGCAAUGACCCCGCUGCCGAGGAGCCCAGCCGGGCCGUCCUGGAUGCCUUGCUGGAAGGGAAGGCCCAGUGGGGCAGCAACAUGCAGGUGACCCUGAUCCCGACUCAUGACUCAGAAGUGAUGAGGGAAUGGUACCAGGAGACCCAUGAGAAACAGCAGGACCUCAACAUCAUGGUUUUAGCAAGCAGCAGCACAGUGGUUAUGCAAGAUGAAUCCUUCCCUGCAUGCAAGAUCGAAUUAUAAAGACCAAGGCCAGCACACCACAGGAUUUGAACUUUGUUUCCAGAAAUUCUUCAAUUUGAAAUCACCUUUUUCUAAAAAGUCAAUUCAUCUAAAUAAGUCGCUGAACUGUUACCUGCCAAACGCUAUACUAUGUCAUGGUGAUGCAAGUCCACUAAUAUUUCUCAUUUUUUGCUGAUCGCUAAGGGAAGUAACAGUAUUCCCACAAUAGGGUUCAAGUUACUGCAAAAUUACCUACCCCGGUUCAUCUCUGCUGAACAUUUGGAAACCAUGCACUAGCAAACCCAACUGACUUCUGCUAGGUAUUUGUCUGAGAAAGUGAGAGGGAGCGCGCGCACAAAGAGAGAACGCAGGAGAGAGAGAGAAAGAGAAUGAGAAAGAAAAAGAAUGCAAGAGAAGGAGAUAUAAUGGUAGAGAGUGCUGGUGAGAUACCCAGAGAGGAAAAAGAGAGAGCAGGGUGGAGUAAGGAAGAGAAAAUAACCCAUUCGGUCUGCAUUUUCUCAGGCAGCCUGUAUUCUGUAGUCUGCAUAGACAAAGUUUUCAACUUGUGUCAGUCUGAGUCAUCAACAAGGGUCUUAAUUUUUUAAAACAAGUUGGCUGGAAGAAAACACAAAAACAAAACUUGUUAUGAGGGCAUGUGAGAUUUUUCACGCCUUAAUUAAGCUCCUUCAGUUUGAAGGCUGCACACUGACAUAACGUAGUGAGCGUAGAUUGGACCUCCAAGUGGUUUCAACCCCAUUCAGAACUCUCAGACUCUUCAAACACACAAGUAGAUUGAUCUAAGGCAUGCUCCCAGCAUCUGUGCACCCAAUUAGUCCACUCUGAGUCAAUUAACCUGCAUGCGGAAACGCUCAAGUCCACCCCAAUUAACAAGCAAAUACCAAAGCAGUUGGGAGUACAUACAGUAGACAAUUUGCCUUAGAAAGUGACUUGAAUGUACAAAGAUACUUGAUGCACUUAUUAUUUUUUAACGUGAGACAGCAAGUUUAUAAAACAUUCGUGUAGGAUUAUAGCUACUCGAGUUACAGGAGCAUGUGUGUGCACGUGUGGGGGUACUCGAAGCUGAUCUGAUUGGUGCAACAGUUUGAUGCUGAGUCAUGCGUGUGGGAUACCACCUCAGUGCCCCUGCGGCCCCUCAGCCAAACAAAGUUGAGCCUUUCAUAGCUUCUUUACUACUGCAAGUUCAAGGUGGAAAUGGCUUCUAUGAUCAGAACUGGGAAAACAGUGAAUCUUAUAGUGGAAGAGGUUCUCAGCAAGUGUACAGUAUUUACCUUCCUUUGUCUUACAUUGGCUUUUUUUAAUUUUCCAUUCAUUUCAGCAUAAUUAUUGAACAAGUGUACAGAAGAACUUUUUUUGUUAGGUCUGUGAGAACUUUUCAUAGAUGAACUUUUUUAACAAAUGUUUUCAUUUGCAGGAAAAUGCAAAGAAAAUUUUCAAGUGACAGUCUUUUUUUUUUUUCCAACUGUUUCAUAAGACAAAAAUAUCAAUAGUUCUGGUGAGAUCGAAGUCUGAUAUUGCAGUGAUAAUAUUUAUUAAAACCCAUAACUACCAGGAAUAGGAUACCUCCCACCCCUUGAUUCCCAUAACAUAAAAAUCUGAGUAUGUGCUAUUUGAGAGUAGGGGAGGAUGGCAUGGUAGUCUACUUUUCCAGGCCUUUACAUCACCCAAUGAUAUCCUACAUACUUCUUUCAAGAUCUUCAACCACGAGGUAAAAGAGCUAAGACAAGUUCCAAGAACCCUAGUGAAAAUUUGCUUUGGGAUUUUCUUUCCUUAAAAAAAAAUAAAGAAGGAACUAAUACAUUGAGAGCAAAUAAAAUCCCAACUCUGACCGUUCAUGAUGUAGAGUUCAGAGAUCACUUCCAUCGUUGUCAUCAUUGAACUAUGAAUCUGGGAAACCAGAUCAUGAUUAAAACUGACGUCAAGUUUCAAGUUGCAGAUCAAUGCACCCGGGGUUCAGAUGUGGCAAACUUCUCAGUGACAACUGUGCUGUGUGUGCUCUGUCAUGUUGCAUUUCCUACAGACUCUUAAGAUCUACAGAGUAGUGAACAAUGACCUCAUUUUAUUUUCUAUGUUAGUUAUUUAUUUCAAAAGUAACAUUUUAGUUUAUUUUUGUCUGGUAAAGUGUAUGUUUUGCACUGCUAACUACUAUGAGGGUUUAAACAACGCUUCUUCAGGGUCCCUUCACUGAGGACCUAUGCAGUCUACUUAAUGCUGUGAAUUACCUUUUCAAAUGUUUAAUUUUUUUUAAAAAAAUUAAUAUUCUAUUUUUUUUAGGCUUCUCUAGAAAUGCAGCUUUUAUUUAUUACUCCACUUUUUUCAAGUCCUAAAGAACAACAUAUUGAAUAAGGGUACAAAAAAAUUAACACAUUAUGGAAACACUCAUUGUGACAAAAGUGAAUUUCAUGGAGUGUACACUUAUCUACUUCAAACUUAGGUAAUGAGACAACCUAAGAUAUUCAAGAUAAUUAUGUAAUGAUUAGUUGUUGAGUUAGACCACAUAAUGCAUGGGAAGACAAACAGAUUUCCAGCCUUCUUGCCAAAUCCAGACCUCUGGUUGAUUUUUCUUUGUUAGAAGAUGGAAUUAUAUUACAGUUUCCCAAGUUAAAUUUAUUUAACAUUUACAUUAUUUUGCUUUUUAAAAAAUAUAAACAUGUUAGGAGAAUUAUAGCCAGCUUUCAGUUUUCAAUUAUAACCAUUCUAUCGCACUCUUCCUUCCCCCCCUCCCCCCCGUGGGAUUUAAUGGGGAAAAUAAACGAAAGCUGUCAUUAGUCAGGUGGCUCUUUUUCCUAUGAAAUAUAUCCGUACCUUUCUCCAUCCAUUGUUCUCAGUGAUGACCACAGAGCCUGAGUGUACCAGGAAAGCCAAUAUUUGCAUUACAGGUUGCUCCUGUACUUCCAGAAACCUUUUUUACCUGGGUGACUAACCUAAUUUUGCUAGUUCCGUAAAUACACAAUUAGUUUAGUAACAGCCAUCACAAUGUACCAUGUACAUUCAUAGUGAGAGCUAAAGAUUGACGCAGACUUCUAGGAGCUUGAUUCACGCUGAUUACGUAGUCCAAUUGUAUAGAUCGAAUAGUUGAGUGGAAGGAAUUUACACUCUGUUUAAAUGAUGGGACUCCAUCAGGACGGCACUCAUCAUCAUGACCUUUUUGGUAGUAUUCUUAAGCAAAAUUCUGUGGAGACUAAAUGUUAGAGAUGAUCCUCCAUUUUCAAGUUUAACUAAUUCUAUCCCCUUUCUCAAAACCCAACUCCCAUGCAUGCUUUCUCAGUCUUGUGGUGGGACUGGAUACAAUGACUUAAUCCCCCUCCCCAAAUGCCAUUUUCCAUGGAGUUCAAAAAAAAAAUUUUUUUUUCUUAACCUUACAUAUCAUAGUGAAUGGUUUCCCCAGUGUAUAUGAAUGUUUUAAGUGUCUCCAAUAGCUUACUCAGUUUAGGAGCUUUUCAAUACUCAUUUAAUAAGAGUAAAUCAUUUGCUAAUGGAAAUUUUACCACCUUCUAUUUUCCCUCUGUUACCAAAUUUCAGCUCUCAGGAGCUGGUCUAUGAUUCUGAAAUUGCUUUUCUUGCCUCUCUUUAGUCACCUGUCACAGGAGGUUCUUGCUCAGUAAUGAUAUUGUGAGUUAGAUUAACAAGAACUUUUUUUUUUGCACUUCAGAUUUAGAAGAUCCUGUUUCCAUUUGAAAGGAACUGUAAGCUUUUAUCUUUUAACCAACUGAACAACACAUCAAAAGCAGCCUAGGGAUGAGCAUUUCUUUGAAAGCAAUUAGGUUAUUCACCUGGUAUUAAAACGAUUUACUAUUAAAAAAAAUCUGUGACUUUAUUAAGUUGAUUUAAAAGGCAGCAUCAAAAACUGAAAAGGAAGGGGGAAAAAAUAGCUUCUCUGCACUCGUUUGGAGCUCUCCAAAGCAGGGGACCAUCGAGAUGAGGCAUCAGGACUGGGCUGCCCUUCCCAGGACACCCUGCAGCAGGUCCGAGUUGGCUGAUGCAGCUCACACAUGCUACAUGCAGCCCUUUUCUUUCCGGCCCUGGAAAGCAGUGGUCUUGAGCCCAACGGAGAAGCACCUGCCACUCCUCUCUCGUUCUGAAUGGUGUUUGUGUCAGUCUGCAGCUGUGUAUGGUAUUAUGUCUUAUAAUCCUGCAUCACUUCUAUCCUAUCCAGUCAUAUCUAAUGUAGAAAAUUAGUUUCCAGUGAAAGUAAUAUGUAGUGCUUUUAUGAUAUUUGUGUGCAAUAUCCCCUCUUCCAUUGAGGAUAUUUGAUGUAAAAGAAAAAGAAAAAAAAAAACUCAGUUCCACAAUAAAAUACAAAAGUGGCAAAAGGUCA